GCCUUCUCCGGUCUGACUGGCGGUUCGGUUUGUCUCAGCCAAACCGCCCUGACGGUUCGGUUCCAACAUCUCAAACCGCGGUUACACUAUUAGUCUGCAAACGCAAACCGGUUGGUCUGUCCUCUCAAGGCUGACGCGUACAUUCCACCCUGUAACCAUUUUUAUAGGGUUAAAAGCUCUCCCCUGCUGUAACGUCUUUUUUUAGGAAGCGAAAAUAUGCCCCAGCUCCUUACAGUUGAGCGUCUAAUCUUCUUACAUGGCUCGUAAAUGGCUAUUUCAGGUGCAACACACGUAACACGCGCGACACUGACGCGUAUCCCAGCGCGACUAGCUAUGGAAAAAGCAACCAAGUCGCUUGUGGAAGGCAUAUCGCUUUCGUUUCGAGAAGCAAAUAAGACCAGAGGUAGUCGUUUUUCGCCUGGAAAUUUAUGCUUCAUCAUGUCACGCAAUGUCCUUAAUAGCGGGAGUGGCAGAGUCUAAUAGCACUGGUAGUAGUUCAGGCUUCCUAGAUGAUCCAGACCUACCGGCAGGCACUCCUUUUUCGGCAACAUCGGCCGAUGCGGCUCUAAGCGCUCUGCGACAAAAGACUUCCCCAAUCUGGUUGCAUUGUCGGUUAGCAGAGGGCAAGACUGUUCCCGGGGCAUGGAUUGAUUCAGACGGCACGCGAUGGUGGCAUUGCCAGCCUUGCUAUAAGAAGAAAAAAGCUAAGCGUUACAAAUACUCGGGCGGAUCGUCCACCAUCAUCAACCACUUGCGCAAGGAGCAUAGCAUCAUGAUCUGCGGCAAGCAUGAGGCCAGCAGGGAGGUAACAAAAGGAAGGCUUGGAAAUAUUGCUUCUUUCCUUGCUGGGGAAGCCUUUCACCCGACUAAGAAACGAAAGGCGACGACGGAGGAAGAUGAAUUAGACCCAGACGCCCUGCGCGAGCUCUACUGCCGCUACACAGUAGCGUGCAGCCUCCCGUUCGCUCACGUUGAGCAGCCAGCAUUCCGCGACCUGAUACGUUACAUACGGCCAGCCGCGGACGAUCUUCUACCGAAGUCUGCAGGCACGAUCAAAAUUGACCUGAAGCAGGGCUAUGAUUGCAAACGAGAGUUUGUCAAGCGCGCGCUGCAAAACUCGCUCUCGUCAAUCUAUAUUGUGCCGGACAAUUGGACUUCGCCGAAUGGCUUAGGCGCGAUAGGCUUCAUGGUUCAGUUUGUGACUGAAGACUAUGGCCUUCAAUCGCUUGUGGUGGGAAUAAAAGAGCUAGAGGGCCAGCACAGCGGCGAGAAUAUGGCGGAGGCUAUCAUGGAAUUCAUACGAGAAUACGGAAUCGCUUCCAAGGUCGGAUACUUCGUGAUGGACAACGCUAGCAAUAUGAACACCAUGAUCCAGACUUGCGUAUAUCGAUAUCCACCAAAAUUUCGAGCCUUAUAUCGAUAUCCACAUAAGCCCAACAUCUUAUUUGGAUAUCGAUAUAUCCAGUUUGAUAUCCAUAUAGCCACAUAGCCACUUUAGCAAGGUUGAUAUCCAUUUAAGCCACAUCUAUUUAUAGAUUCAAUGUCAAUGUGGCGGUGAUCUAGUCUAGCAAGUCUUCAACCUCCGUAUCCAUGCCGAAUUCUACAGCUACGCUCGAAAUUACGCCCCUACCACCGCGCAACUUGGGAACAAUGAUACCUUCCCGUAUCCAGUUACCCACACACUCCACCUUCGCCAGAUUCUCGCACGUCAUGCGCUCUCUAUCCCAAGAUAGCGUGCGGCGCGCGGAUGAGAAAUGAGACUCUGCGUCAGAUGAUUCAGGAGGAAUGGAGAGGAUAUCUAUUGCCAUACGAGAAAGCCGCGGGUAUGCUUUCCUUUGGUCUGAAUGUAGCCACUACUCGAGCGGAGAUCCGGUAAUCCGGGUAGAAGGAGCACAACUAAAUGUUUCGAAGUCAUCAGCAUCGCCUACUAUCGGGCUAGUCACCGCUAUAUCACUUAAGAGCUCAUCCAGCUCGUUACGCUGUCUGCUAGCAGAAGAAGGCGCAUCUGUAGGAACCUGCAAAUCAGGGCUCGCCGUAGACUUGUAUUCUUCUAACUAAAUUUCGCGAGCGGUAUCAACAGCAGGAGCUUGCCAGGGCUCUUUCCAAUUCCGUUCAAUGUAUUUUCGUCGCUUCGAAGGAUCAAGCAGGAGCGCCGCUGCAUACACUGGCGUCUGGUCUGACAAAGCGUAGUAUUUGUUAAGCACAAACCAG